AUGAAGAAGCAGGUGACGUUUGCUCAGAGCCGCACAGAGAAGCUGCAGAGACACAAGUUUUCUCUGCCGACUGAGUCCAAGUCUGCUGCAGAUGAGUGGCGCCUGGAGCCCCGGAGGUUCUCCACCCCUAGUGGCCACAAAGGCGCAGUGCACAUCCACCAGAGCCUGGCCACGGCCCCAUUCCUCACACGCUCCAGCCUGACCCCGGCUCAGAGGCAGUACCUGUACUCUGUGGCCUCGUCCCAAAGUCCAGACCGAGUCCGAGACCUGAUCUGCUCCCACUACCUAAACAUAGUGCACCGCUGCACCUCCACUGAGGAUCCUGACGAGCCGUCUCAUUCCUCCGGCCUACUCCUCCUGUCUCCUCCUCUGGUCUCCUCCUCCUGUCUCCUCCUCUUGUCUCCACCUCCUGUCUCCUCCUCCUGUCUCCACCUCCUGUCUCCUCCUCCUGUCCCCACCUUCUGUCUCCUCCUCCUGUCCCCACCUCCUGUCUUCUCCUCCUGUCCCCACCUCCUGUCUCCUCCUCCUGUCUCCACCUCCUGUCUCCUCCUCCUGUCUCCACCUCCUGUCUCCACCUCCUGUCACCACCUCCUGUCUCCACCUCCUAGUGUCUCCACCUCCUGUCUCCACCUCCUGUCUCCUCCUCCUACUGUCUCCACCUCCUGUCUCCUCCUCCGUUCUCCUCCUCCUGUCUCCACCUCCUGUCUCCUCCUCUUUUCUCCACCUCCUGUCUCCACCUAA